UUUGACUCAUAAUGUUCCAACCGCUGUAAUCAAACCUUUCAAAUUCUUCUAUGGUAUCACCAACACGUUAUAGAUGAACUACUAGCCAGUACACACUACUCUAAAUAAGAUGAUAAUUGAAACACUGUAAUCAAAUUAACAUAACUAAAAAGGAUCUGGUUUUUGGUAUAUUAAUCGACACGUGAGUUCAAUCUACCAUCAAAAAGUUGACACAAAAGCGACCACAACCAAAGGACCAGAAAAAAGCCCCAGAGCCAGAGCCAUAAACUGAUAAGUUUAAACAGCAACCAAACCUGGUAUUACUAAGACCAAUUUAUCGUCAUCCAUUCAACUUUAUAGAAAGAAGAGACUAUCAUCAGUCAUCCUUAACAAUUGUUUAAUUAACUGCUUUUGAGUUGCUUCCUGAAAUUUGCACGAGAAAAGGUGAGAUAAUGAGAUUCUUAUCACUCUUGUUGCCUCUUAUAUCGGCAAGUUUAGCAGUUGGGACGGCAUCAAUCGAAAUUCAAAAUGAAAAAGACUUAUACAACUCAUUCGAUAGAAUAAAACGAGGGGUGGUGAUCAAUGAUGUGUUUGAUAUCAAACAGGCUUUAAUUGAUCAACAAAGACAAUUGGAAUUAGAAAGUUCGUUAGGGGUUAAAGAGGAGUGCCCCCCAUGUUUCAAUUGUAACUUACCUAACUUUGAAUGUGUUCAAUUUUCUCAAUGUAACAGUUUUACUGGUAUGUGUGAAUGUCGUGAUGGUUAUGGUGGAAUGGAUUGUUCAGAACCUUUAUGUGGUUCAUUAUCUGAUGGUAACUUGAACAGACCAGUAAGAGAUUCAAAUUCAUGUGCUUGUAAACCUGGUUGGGGUGGUAUCAAUUGUAACAUGUGUACUGAAGAUAAUGUAUGUGAUGCAUUCAUGCCUGAAGGUUUAACUGGUACUUGUUAUAAAACUGGUAUUAUUGUCAAUAAAUUCCAUGAAAUGUGUGAUGUCACUAAUCCAAAGAUUAUUUCAAUUUUAGACGGUAAAAAACCUCAAGCAACUUUUAGUUGUAACUCAACGGCUGAAACUUGUGAUUUCCAAUUUUGGAUUGAUCAAAAAGAAUCUUUCUAUUGUGCUUUAAAUAAGUGUAAACUUGAUUAUGAUUUAUCUGGUAACACUACUCAUUAUAAUUGUGAAGAAGUUGCUUGUAAAUGUUUACCUGAUAGAAUGCUUUGUGGUGAAGCUGGGUCCAUCGAUAUUUCUGAAUUCUUAACUGAAACUAUUAGAGGUCCAGGUGACUUCUCCUGUAAUGUGGCUGACAGUACUUGUCGUUUCUCCGAACCAAGUAUGAAUGAUUUAAUUCAAAGUGUAUUCGGUGAUCCUUACAUCACCUUACAUUGUAAAUCCGGUGAAUGUGUUCACAAGAGUGAGAUUCCAGGUUAUGAUAUCCCAGGUCGUUCAGAAUUAACUUGGAAUGGCUUAUUUUUAAUCAUUGGUGUUGCCCUUGUAUGUUUCUUAAUUGUUGUAUCUGCUGUUCAUAGUAUUCAACAAUCUCCAUUAUUCAAAAAGAGUGGUGGAUUAGAUAAUUAUGAUGCUGCAUAUGAAGAUGAUCUUUCAGCUUUGAAUAAAAACUUCACUCCAACAACCCUUUCAUUUGAAAAUAUUAGUUAUACCAUCAAAGGUCAACAAGUGUUAAACAAUGUUUUCGGUGUUGUUCAACCAAGAGAGUGUUUAGCAAUUAUGGGAGGUCUGGGAGCUGGUAAAACAACUUUAUUAGACAUUCUUGCUGGUAAGAACAAAGGUGGAACUAUUUCUGGUUCAUGCUAUGUAAAUGGUAAUUUGUUAGAUAAUGAUGAUUAUAAAAGAAUUGUCGGUUACGUUGAUCAAGAAGAUGAAUUAAUUCCAACUUUAACUGUCUAUGAAACUGUUCUUAAUAGUGCUUUACUUAGAUUACCAAGAGAUAUGACUUUAAGACAAAAGGAAGCUAGAGUUAUUGAAGUUUUAAAUGAAUUAAGAAUCUUAAAUAUUAAAGAUCGUGAAAUCGGUUCUGAUUUUAAAAGAGGUAUUUCUGGAGGUGAAAAAAGAAGAGUAUCUAUUGCUUGUGAAUUAGUCACAUCUCCAUCCAUUUUAUUCCUUGAUGAACCAACUUCAGGUUUAGAUGCCUUUAAUGCUAAGAAUGUGAUUGAAUCAUUAGUUAAAUUGUCCCGUGAUUUCAAUAGAACCAUCGUUUUCACAAUCCAUCAACCAAGAAGUAAUAUUGUUUCUUUAUUUGAUAAGCUUAUUUUAUUAAGUGAAGGUGAUUUAGUAUAUUCAGGUGAUAUGAUCAAAUGUAAUGAUUUUUUCGCUCGUAAUGGUUAUCAAUGUCCAUUAGGAUAUAAUCUUGCUGAUUAUUUAAUCGACAUCACAGUUAAUCAUAAAAAGCUAAUUAAAGUCGAUAGUGCUAUUGCUGAAAGUUCGGGAUCUGGUGAAACAGCUGAUAUUCAUGAACAAUUCCUUCAAAAUCCAACUUCAGAUACCGAUAUUACUCGAGAAUGGGAACAUUUUGCCGUCCAUAGGGAUGAGUACAAUUUUGAUCCUAUCAAGUCUAAGAGCAGUUCUGGUGAAGAAGAAACAUUUGUUCAAAUAACAAACAAGUUACCAUCUAUUUUCUUACAAUCUCCAUUAGCUGGAGAUAUUAAGGAUGAAAUAGCAAAUACCAAAGCAAAUCCAGUUGCCAUUGAUAUCAGCAGAAAAAAGAUCAAACAUGCCAGUUUCAUAUCUCAGGUUGUUAUCUUAUCUUCAAGAACUUUUAAGAACUUGUAUAGAAAUCCAAGACUUUUAUUAUCACAUUAUUUCCUUUCAUUAUUGGUUGGUGCCUUCUGUGGUUAUUUGUAUUAUGAUGUUUCUAAUGAUAUUAGUGGUUUCCAAAAUAGAUUAGGUUUAUUUUUCUUCAUAUUGGCUUUCUUUGGAUUUUCAUCUCUUACUGGUUUACAUUCAUUUUCAACCGAAAGAAUCAUUUUCAUUCGUGAAAGAGCAAAUAAUUAUUAUAACCCUCUCAGUUAUUAUUUAAGUAAGAUUUUCUGUGAUAUUUUACCAUUGAGAGUAUUCCCUCCAAUCUUGCUUAUUAGUAUUGCUUAUCCAUUAGUUGGUUUAACUAUGGAAAACAAUGCAUUUUUAAAAUGUAUUCUUGUAUUGGUGUUAUUCAAUGUUGCUGUUUCUGUUGAAAUGCUUAUUGUUGGUAUUCUAAUCAAAGAACCAGGUACUUCUACCAUGGUAGGAGUUUUAGUAUUAUUAUUGUCAUUAUUAUUCGCAGGUUUAUUCAUAAAUAGUGAAGAUUUGAAGAUUACUAUCAAAUGGUUAGAAUGGAUUUCUGUUUUCCACUAUGCUUAUGAAGCAUUAUCAAUCAAUGAAGUUAAAGAUUUAAUCUUGAGAGAAAAGAAAUAUGGUUUAUCAAUCGAAGUUCCAGGUGCUGUUAUUUUAAGUACAUUUGGAUUUAAAGUCGGUAAUUUCUGGAAUGAUAAUGCUUAUCUUGGUGGUCUUGCAUUCGCCUUCUUUGUCUUAGGUUAUUUCUUCUUACAUUACUUUACUAUAGAAAAGAAGUAGUUUCUUUGUUGUUAACUAAUUUGUUGGUUAUAUAGACGUUUCCAUUUUAGUGGAAUGACAA